GCUCAACACCAUGUAGCACAACACGUGAAACGAACGGAAAACGCAAGUAAACGCAGUUUGUUUUGAGUUUCGAUUCAGCGUUUUGUUGACUCAUUAGUCAAGAUGGCUGGUUUGGAGCUGCUGUAUAAUUCUGUCAUCGAUAGCGUCGCGUCGCCGCAGGAUGCCUUGCUCUGUUUCGUGCAUUGGGAAAUUAUAAGACACGGCUAUAAAUGCCUUGGGACUGGAGACCAGCAAGGGAUCAAUGACAGGAGAUCGGAAUUGCUGCCUGCUGACUGGAACGAAAGCCGCGAGCUCUACACACUGCGUUACGAGUCCAAUGAUAGCAAAGCCCAGCUGCUUGUGAAAGCCAUCACUGUGGACUCCUCCGUCAUUUUCAACGUCAUGCGUUCCGGCUCGGAUCAAGUUGCGGAUAUGACAGUGAGCCUAAGCGAUUAUGUGAAUUGUGACCGUCUUCACGAUUUCGACAGGGUUUUUAAGAACACAGAAGAACUGGGAGGGCGAGUGCAGUCAGCAAUCCUUUCUUCUGGGCCUGGGUCCAGGUCUGGGUCUGGGAAGGGUAAAGAACCCGCCAAGUCCUGUAAUAAGAGCCUGCAGGAUGAGGACCCUUUCCGAAUACCAGCAAGAACGCCUGCCAGGCAGCCUGGCUGGGCUGAGCCCAUGAACCCUUUUGCAGCUGGAGGAGCAGAUUUAGAUCCCUUCGGGGGCCGUCCAGGGGGGAUGAUAAUGGACCCGCUGAGAGCUGGUUUUCCAAGAUCAGGAUUGGAUCCCUCUGCCGGGAUCCCAAUGAGACUUCCCCCAGGCGCUGUUCCGCCAGGAGCCCGGUUUGAUCCCUUCGGACCAGUCGGAAGGCCAGGCCCAGAUCCGGAUCACAUGCCCCCUCCUGGGUAUGAUGACAUGUUUAUGUAAUGCUGAACCAGUCCAACGCCUUUGUUAGCACUUUAAACAUCGCUGGACAAAAAAGGAAAAAAAAAAAAAAGACAUCUUGGUUUUAAGGAUCCUUUAAAAAAUAAUCAAACAGUAACGAAUCAUUAAAAAUAACCAGCUAUAGCAGUAGUGUUGUAAAUAUGUAACAAAGGUAUUAUGAGAAGGUUUGUAAUUAGUUCCAUUCCUUUGUAUUCCUAAUAGAUACUUGUUAUUAGACUGUUAACCUAAAGAACAAGGUUUCUGUCUGUUUAAAGGACUCAGUCUCGCUUCGCAAUGUGUAUAAGCUUGCAGAAUGCAUUUGAAAAUUUAGUGGGUUAAGUGUGCACUGUCUUCAUUAAUGACAUUAAUAAGAACUAUCUUAGGGUGAUAGUGCUGGUGAACAUUCACAGCACGAGGCACCAAAGAAUAUCAGUGUUGAGGGGUGCGCUUUAUUAGGCAAGGUCUGUACUGGGUAGCUGACCCCCAGAAUAAGAAAGAAACAAUCAGACAGAAAGCCUGUCUCUGCUUGUCUUCUGUAACCUGGUUUCAGCAGCUCACUGUGUUGCUGUGGAGCAAAACCAUGUUAAAAUAACAGUGUGUUUCAUUAAAGACAAUGCAGUUUGUGUCUUACAGGUCAGCGCAUGUGUUAAAUAUAAUAAAACUGUGUUGUCCUGAAUAGAGCAUUUCACCCAAACUGGUUUCUUUUAGCAAGUAUGACAUUACAAGUAGCAGCUCUGGGUUUAUUUUUUUAUUUUUAUUUUUUGGUUCUUGUAAUUAAAUGCUUUAAUAAAGCCAUGUUUUUUGAAAUAUUA